GUUUCCUUUUGAGUGAGUGGCUUCUGAAGGGUAUUCUUUGAAAGUCUUAUACUGUUUCUUCUUUCCUGCUGGGAAAACGUGACAAAGGUGAGGAUGCAGGCGAUGCUCCGACUGGCGGCUCUGCUCCUCAUGCUUGGCUGCUGCAGCUAUGCUCAACGCCUCAGCUUCGUGUCUCCACGUGACGGCAGCACCGCUGGAGCAACGCGUCUCACCCUCACAGGAGACGGUUUCGCUCAGGAGCGACAGUUCCAGCUGAAUCCCAUGGACGACAUGUUCGGCAACCAUGUGACGCUGGUGUCGGACACUUUGUCCGUCCCCUGCGAUGUGGAGAGAGACUCCACGCACGGCACCCAGAUCUUGUGCUACACCAGACCCAUGCCCAGCGAUCAGUAUGUGGUCCAUGUCAGUGUGGACGGGGUUCCUGUUAGCGAUGAAAACAUCUGCAAUGGUGCACACAAGCCAUACCACUGCAGCUUCUAUACCAGAUGGUACAGGACACCCACCAUCACGUCCCUGAGUCCGGUCAGCGGCCCUCCAGAGACCCUGGUGACGUUACGAGGACGUAUCUAUACCGACGUCUACGGAAGCAACACCGCGCUGAGCUCAAACGGAAGGAACCUCAGAUUUCUCAGGUCAUACAUGGGGGGGAUGCCGUGUGAGAUGCUCAAACCUGAAUCUGAUGAACUAUACGAGCUGAAGCUGGAUUCGGAAAGUUCAGUCUGGGGAUAUAUGAGCUGCAGAAUGACCAGCACUUACGUUGGACAUCACAACGUGAGCUACAUCCUGGAUGCCAACUAUGGCAGGAGUUUAUCAGAGAAGCUGCUCUACAGGGUGUCUUCCCUGGGGAAGCUCCACAUGUUCCAGACCUUUGCAGAGGUCACCGGGAUAACGCCAUCCAAGGGCAGCGUCAUGGGCGGAACCCUGCUGACCGUGCACGGACUCUACUUCGACGAGACCGAUCACCCGGCGCGUGUCACGGUGGGAGGGCUGCCGUGCCAAAUCAAGAGUGUGCACGACAACAAGAUCACGUGCAUGACGGGCAAGCAGCAGAUGAUGUACAACGACAACAGCACAGAGACCACAAUCUACCCAGGUGGCAGAGGCUUAAAGAUGGAGCUGUGGAACAACACCAGACCUGCAGACCUGACUGACAUACAAAGCUACGACAAGAGCAAAGACGGAUACUGGGCGCAGUGGAUCGACUCCAUGCCGCACAACUUCCCUCAUGAAUUGCACGACCUGAGCACCAGAACCAGAGGCUUCUUUGUGCCGCCGGCCAGCGGCAACUACACAAUUUACCUCAACUGUGACGACAGAUGUGAGCUGUACUUCAGCAACUCCAGUCGCCUGAAAGACAAGGUCAAAGUGGCCUACCAGCCACACUAUGUAUCAGACUACACUAAACUUGCAUCACAGAAGUCUGAAGUCAUGACUCUAGAGAAAGGAAAAGCCUACUACAUUGAACUUCUGCAUCAAGAAUAUGGCGGUCUAGCCGGAAUCAACAUGGCCAUGUUCCGACCCGAGAGCCCGUUUACAGAAGAGCAGACAGACGAUGCUGUCAACGAGAUCCAGAACAUUGUGGUGGACUAUGAGGCGUUUGAUGAAGAGCAGGUGGUUACCCUGGAGGCAUGGCCCGACACCGUUAGUGGAGUUAAAGAGGUGCAGAAGGUGAGCAUUAGUAGACUCUGUGUGGGCCUUCAGUGUGGAAGCACCUACUUCAGCCUGCUCUACGAAGACGCCUGCACCGGCCCAAUCCCUGUGAGUGCCACAGCAGAUGUGCUGGAGAGAGCCUUGAACAAUCUGUGGUCCAUCAAACCUGACUCGGUCCAAGUUAGCAAAGACGAGGACAGUGACGGAGUUCAUUUCACAGUCACUUUUGAUUCUGACAGAGGCGAUUUCAAGCCUCUCCGCUACGAAAGCCUCGGCCUGGACACCAACAUCACCGUCACCGAGGUGACCAAAGGCGUGAGCAACAUGGCAACUUUCACCUUGAGCUGGGGGGGCAUACCCACAAAGCCCCUUCACUACAAUGCCAGCAGCUCAGAGGUCCAGUCGGCCCUGGAGGACAUGAUGAAAGCAAAGUGUCCUGAGGAGAUUCUCACCGAGGAAGGCCGGGAUGUGAAGUUCUUCAAGGACUAUGAAGAUGACAACUCCAUGUUUGAUGGCAUCAAAGGGACGCCGGUGAAAAACAUUGCUUUCUGUGGAUUGUGGUCGCUGAAAAAUGCAGAGGUUCUUUUCAGGGAAAGUUACAAGACACAGUCUGGUGCAGAGUACAGGGGUAUCUCCCUAAAGCAAUAUCCGACGCUCUGCUUUGCACAUAAGGGCAUCUUAAAAGAUGAAAUUGGGCUAAAGUUGACUUAUAAAGAUGAAGAUGAAGGCCAACUUAUGGCAAAGACAGAAAAGAUCAGCACCGUCUUCACAAAAGGCCACAAAUGGAGUUACAAGUGUGUGGACCUGCAGACGUCUCUGCAGACUGCCCACAUUGGAAGUGAACACACUCUCCUGGAAGUUUACCUCUACAAAGGCAACUCAGGGGAAGAUUUCUACGUGGACGCCGUCCACAUCGGCAAGAAUCCCACCACGGUGGAGGAACACGCUGUUCUUGUCAAGAGGAGGCCGCUGCCAUUUGAGAGCACAGGUCAUGCGUUCAAGGAAAUCUCUGUCAUAACCAAAAAUCACAGCUAUGAGAUCACAGCCACACCGGUGGACUGCGCCUUCGGGUUUCCCCUCAUCGGCGUCAGCUUCCUGCAGAGGAUCAACACUAGUGGGGACAUGGCCGUGUUUCAGGAAGGCGGCGCCAUCAUCACGGUCACUCGCACUCACAGAGCCACCCCGCCACUGACGGGCACCUUUGCUGUGGAAAUGCACGAGCAGUGUAUUGAAGGUGUGUCUGUGGACAUCAGUCAGGAGGACCUAAAGUACGCCCUGGAGGGAAUCGCCGGGAUGGGCCUGGUCGAUGUUAAGUAUAUAGGAACCUGCAGACAGCCCAAGUGGAAGGUGGAGUGGCUAACGCAGCCGGGAGACCAGCCUUUGCUGCAGCUCAACGGUUCUUUGGUCGUUGGCAAGGACGUGGUUGUCUGGGCCCACGAGAGGACGAAGGGAGGGCAGCUGAUGCGGAGCUUGACAGGAGACUUCUUGCGUGUUUGGGAAACCAAACCACAGGUGGAAGUUUACAUCAAUGGCAUUCCGUCAAAGUGUUCUGGAGACUGUGGCUUUGAGUGGUCAGAGGAGAAGACCCCCGUGGUGAGCGGAAUCAGUCCUUCUCAAGGAUCCAUCGGACUGGGGACCCUUUUAACUGUUACUGGUUCUGGCUUCAGCGACAAAAACGCCUCCAUCAUGGUGGGAGGGGCCGAGUGUGUCGUUGAAGAGGUGUCAGCUGACAGUCAGGUGUGCAGACUGGGCAGCGCCAGCGCCGGCACCGUCCCUGUGUGGAUCAACUUCCCCCUGAUGGGUUGUCCACGCUUUGCAGGCGGCAGCGUCCUCAACUUCACCUACGAGCUCAUCGUCUCCUCUUUCUCCCCCGCGUCUGGAAGUGUUGCAGGAGGAACACUUUUGACAGUGACAGGCUUUGGCUUCAGCAGGGAUGCCAGCGUGACAGUGGGGGGCCUGGCGUGCAAGGUGGUCCAAGCGAGUCACACGGAGCUGAAAUGCAGAACGCCUGCAUAUGUGUUGUUGCAGGGUAGUGCAGGCUCGCACGCGAUGACAGUCAGCGUGGGCGACAUGAGCAAGACGGCAAGCGACACCUUCACCUACGACCUGGCCCUGACACCUCAGAUCUCUGACCUGAGGCCCCUGACGACCCCCAUCGUUGGUCUUUCCUCAGGACACCGCCUUCUCACUGUCCUGGGGUCAAACCUGGGUGAGCAGGACAUUGAGAGUGUCGUGUACGUGGGCAGCAGGGAGUGUGUAACCAAGGAGUGGACAUCCACAAACAUCACCUGUGUCCUCCCCGUCCUGCCACCCGGCCUGCACAAGGUGGACGUCCAGGUCGGAAACAUUGGAUACCCCCAGACCAGCAACGACGUGAACGCCACCAUCAAAUACAUCUUGGAAAUUCACGCCAUCUCCCCCACGACGGGUUCUCUGCUGGGAGGAACCGACCUGACUAUCACUGGAUCUGGUUUCAGCCCAAACAUCUCAGACAACACAGUCUUUGUUGGAGAAUCUGAAUGCAAGGUGAAUGCGGCCUCUGAGAACGAGCUGCGGUGCGUGCUGCAGUCACAGGAGAGCACCCACUUUGUCACCAACCAAGGAGUCCACCACAUUCACGGUCGGGGAUAUGCCUGGAAUCCCGCUUCCAUCACGGUGGCUGUGGGAGACACCGUCAUGUGGAGGUGGGAGCCUCCUGCCUUCAAGAACAGUUUCCGUUAUGCCGUCUUCCACAUUUCCAGCCCCAGUGGCACCACAGAUGACAACACGCUCUUCUCCAGCGGAGAGCCCAAGCCUGGGGAAGGCUUUUUCAGUUACCGUUUCACCAUCCCCGGUGUGUAUUACUACAGCAGCGGUUACAUUGACGGGGACAAAAAGUUGCAGGGUGUUGUGAGAGUCCAACCUCUGCUGGACAAAAGCGACAACAAGAUAUCCGUCAGUAUUGAAGGCGUGGAAGCCAGACACGUGAGGGGGGUGUCACGUCACGUCUCCAGGUCUAACCGCGAGUGUGUGGCCACACCAGAGUGCUCUCAGACAGAAGUGUCAUCAGACAGCCUUUCCUUCAGCACCUCUUCCUGCUUUACCCCCACAGUCCACUCCAUCUGGCCCAACCAGGGCUCGUACCACCAGCACAUCCACAUCCAAGGGGAUGGUUUCAGCAAUGUCAGCUGCGCCCUCGAGGUGACGGUGUCGGAUGAGCCCUGCCAGGUGAUCAACAGCUCCCAGACGGAGAUCUACUGCCAGCUGAGCUCCAACAACAGUCUCCCCAUUGGCGUCGCUCUACCUGUCAACGUUAAAGUUAACAACUUAGGCAGCGCCAUCAUUGCUGUGGCACAGGAGCUGGCCCGCCGCUUCGUAGUUUUGCCUAUAAUCGACUCAGUGUCGCCCCCUGAAGGCAGCCCCACCGGCCACACCAGGCUCUCCAUCCACGGUUCUGGUUUUUCCGAGGGAGAAGUGACUGCUGCCGGGGAACCGUGUAAUAUUGUCUCCAUCAGUUACACCCACGUGGUCUGUGACACCGCACCCUCCCAGCCGCACACUGGUGAUGUCGCCUUCCAGGCGGGGAGCAUCCAGAGUUCCUGUCAUUCCAACUGCUCCUUCCUGUACUCGUCUUCCGUGACUCCAAGUGUGACCCUCAUUUCUCCGGACAGCAUCAGCGAUGUCAGCAAUGUCACCAUCUCAGGGACAGGGUUUGGCACCGACUCAGAGGAUGUGGCGGUUUUUGCCGGCCACAUGGAGCUGGAAGUCACCAACGUGACUGAUGAUGCCAUCACGGUGAAGAUUGAUGCUCUCCCUGCUGGCGCCCAUGUCAUUCAUGUGAUUGUGCGGAGUAAAGGCUUGGCAUCCGGUGAUGUCACUAUGACCAGUCAGGCUCACGCUGUCCUGAGCCCCACUGAGGGGAGCCUGGUGGGGGGUACCUCUCUCCUCUUCACUGGGAAUGGCUUCCUUCCAGGAAACACCAGCGUGACGGUCGAUGGUGAACAGUGCGAGAUCGAGGAGGUGAUGCCCGGUCAACUGAGCUGCCGGACGCCUCCUCACAGCAAGGGCCUGGUAGUCGUUACCAUUCAUGUCCUGUCCGUGGAGUAUCCUCCCCUCAACUUCACCUUCUCUACAGGCUACACCCCAACCGUCAGCACCAUCAGUCCCUCCACUGGGCCGAGCGGUUCAGCGAUCACACUGAGCGGUUCCGGGUUUGGCAUCGACAGCCAGCAGGUGACCGUCAUGAUGAACAACGUGAGCUGCGCAGUGCUCACGGUCACAGACAACCAGGUGGAGUGCACCGCUGGGGACAACCCUGGCGGGGAGUACAUGGUCAUGGUUCACCACCAGGUCAAGGGUUACGCACAGUCUGACGUCACGUUCACUUACGAGCUGACGCUCCACGGUGUGCAGCCCAACGAGGGUAGUUUUGGCGGUGGUGCCCAGCUGACCAUCCAGGGUUCUGGGUUCGACCCGCUCAACUCCAUUGUGUUGGUCUGUGAUGAGGAAUGUGAACUUGAUAAGGAUGCAUCUACGUCGACGGAGCUCCACUGCAUGUCUCCAUUCAACAACGGCUCCGACUCAGAGGUGAGCUGCACAGUGGCUGUAAUCAACCAGCUGGAUGCUGUCAACGUGUCAGACGGCUUCACGUACAAGUCUCAGCUCACACCUGCGAUCACCGAGGUGUUGCCACGGCGGGGAGGCACGGCCGGCGGCACCCGUCUCACCAUCAGCGGCUCCGGUUUCAGCACGGACUUGAGCGAGGUGAACGUGACCAUCGCAGGCUCCGUGUGCGACGUCCAGUCCGCCAACGACACACACAUCGAGUGCGUCACCAAUGCCCAGCCGCAAUCUCAGGAGACCAAAAUCCGAGUCAGCAUCAGAGACCAGGGCAUCGCCAAGAUGGACAACACAAGUUUCUUCUACAUUGACGUCUGGUCGUCCAAGUUCACGUGGGGCGGGCUGUCUCCACCAGAGACGGGCUCGUUUGUUGUUAUCACCAAAGGACAGACCAUACUGCUGGACACCAACACACCCGUGCUCAAAAUGCUUCUUAUUCAAGGAGGCUCUCUGGUGUUUGAUGAGGCUGACAUAGAGCUGCAGGCAGAAAACAUCCUCAUUACUGAUGGGGGAUGGCUGCAGGUUGGCCAGGUGGAGAUGCCGUUCCAGCACAAAGCCAUCAUCACGCUUCACGGACAUCUACAGUCUCAGGAAGUUCCUGUGUAUGGAACCAAGACACUGGGUGUCAGAAAGGGCACGCUGGACCUGCAUGGUAAACCAGUUCCUGUCAUCUGGACCCACCUGGCUCAGACGGCAGAAAGCGGAUCCUUCACGCUGACCCUGAUGAAGUCGGUGAUGUGGGCAGUGGGAGAUGAAAUAGUCAUUGCAUCCACCGGCCACAGGCUCAGCCAGAGAGAAAACGAAGUGAGGAUCAUUGCAAGCGUGUCAGCAGAUGGCAUGACCAUCACCCUAACCAAAGCCCUCGAGUACUCUCACCUUGCGGUGGCUGUUACCCUGCCGGACGGCACGCCUUUCGAAGCCCGGGCAGAGGUGGGUCUCCUGACCAGGAACGUCAUGGUGCGAGGCUCCCGGCAUGUAGAGUGGCAGGAGAAAGUUGAGGCCUGCCCAGAUGGUUUUAACCCAGGAGAAUUCGCUACACAAACAUGCUUCCAGGGAAGGUUUGGAGAGGAGACCGGAAGUGAUGAGUUUGGCGCUUGCAUCAUGGUCCAUCCACCUGUACCCAAUGAGAAUCUUGCCAUGGCCAGGCUGUCAUAUGUUGAAAUUUUCCAUGCAGGACAGGCCUUCAGGCUGGGUCGUUACCCCAUCCACUGGCAUCUGGUGGGAGACCUGCAGUACAAGUCGUAUGUGCGUGGUUGCUCCAUACAUCAGACGUACAACAGGGCCGUGACCAUCCACAACACGCACCGGCUGCUGGUGGAGCACAACAUCAUCUAUGACAUCAUGGGGGGGGCCUUCUUCAUCGAGGACGGUAUCGAAACGGAGAACAUCCUUCAGUACAACCUGGCUGUGUUUGUCAAGCAGAGCACCAGUCUGCUCAACGACGACGUCACCCCCGCCGCCUACUGGGUCACCAAUCCCAACAACAUAAUUCGGCACAACACUGCAGCCGGAGGCACCCACUUUGGCUUCUGGUACCGCAUGCACGAGCACCCCGACGGCCCGUCCUACGACCCAAACAUCUGCCAAAAGAAGGUUCCCCUCGGGGAGUUCUUCAACAACACGGUGCACUCUCAGGGUUGGUUCGGUCUUUGGAUCUUCCAAGACUUCUUCCCGAUGGAGGGGGGCGGCUGCCGCUCCAAGACACCCGAGCCUGCUGUCUUCCGUUCCCUCACCACCUGGAACUGUGAGAAAGGAGCUGAGUGGGUCAAUGUGGGCGCUGUGCAGUUCACAAACUUCGUCAUGGUCAACAACCAGAAAGCCGGGAUCGAAUGCAAACGCAUCAUACAGUCGACGGUCGCCUCGUUCGGACCAGACGGUGGAGCAGGCGUGUUUAACUCCACCAUAGUGGGCCACUUGGACGCCCUGGGGCUGGGAGACAACUUCUGCACUCACCGCGGCGUCAUCGCACCACUGGAUGACGGAAUGAGUGUCUUGGGCACCAAAUUCAUCAAUUUUGAUCGUGGCACCUGCGCAGCUAUCGGGGUGGCUUCAAUCGACGGAAAGUGUGUGGAUCGCUGCGGUGGCUGGGCUGUCAGGUUUGAAGGUAUCCAGUUCUUCAACUCAGCCCACAAGGCUGGCCUCAGGUGGGAGCACGAGGUCGAACUAGUGGACACGGACGGCUCCCUCACUGGAAACCCUGACAACAAAGUGGUGCCUCUGACCGGACUGCUUGACCCGGCACACUGCUCCGAGAGCGCCGAGUGGAGCCUGGGCUUCCCCGCCGCUUUGUGUGACCACACCGUGAAGUUCCAUCGUUUGGCUCUCAACAAUCCCUCACCAUCCUCCCUGAAUGCCAAGGAUAUAAUCUUAAGCAACUCGCAUGGCUCCAGCGCUGUUCCCUAUUUGAAGAAAAGAAUGACUCAUCCGUUGGGCUGGAUGGCCAUGCUGCCUUCAGGGGACACAUACACCUGGUACUUUGAGAACGCCGACCACUUAACAAACAUCAGCUACAAGGCAAAGUUCUACGGCUUUGAGGCGGAUCAGUACGUGAUCAUCAACCACAACCUAACGCAGAGUCCGGACAAGUUCCGCAUCAUCGACGAGAGGGAUGGCUCAUCAUCGCCACUGAGCUUCAGUGCCAACAGCAAUGGCGACUGGCACUUUGACAACAGCACUAACAACCUCUUUUACAUCGUGUCUGGGAAGACGAGCCAGCGCCGGCGUCGCAACAGUGUGGACCCGUCCGUGCUGGACGUAGAGGUCAAUUUCAAGGUCUACCGCUGCUUCUACACCGACUGUAUUCCGCCCACGGCGCCUCCGCCGGCCACCCUCCCCCCGCUACCCAGUCGCCGGCCUGACGACUUCAUCCUGUGGUCCAAUGCCUCCUUCUGGGCUACUUCUGCUGAAAACAACUUCAGUGUGCCAGCAGAUGGGGCUGAUGUGGUCGUCCCAUCAGGAAAGUGGGUGGUCUUGGACAGUGACACACCUCCCCUCAACAAGCUGACAAUAAAUGGCGUUCUGGAGAUCCCGGAACCCUCAAACAGCUCGUCCAGCCGACCAGCUCAGUCGGCACCUCAGAACCACACCAUUGUCAUAGAUGCGGUCUACAUCUCCGUCCAGGGCGGCAGGCUGGUGGCUGGAUGGGAGGACAAGCCUUUCAAUGGGGAACUUCACAUCAGACUGAGGGGGGACCAUCACACCCCUGACUGGCUUCUACCAAAUGGACCCAACCAGGGAUCCAAAGUCCUGGGUGUGUUUGGCACCCUGGAGCUCUACGGACAGCCGCAUGACGUGUACCAUACCAAACUGGCAGCCACCGCCGACGCCGGGUCCAGUACAUUGACUCUAUCGGAGGCCGUCGACUGGAAGGUGGGAGACGAGGUGGUCGUCUCCACCACCGGCUACAGCGCGUGGGAGACCGAGAAGCGGGAGAUCGCCGACGUGUCCGCCGACCGCCGCGUGCUGACCCUGAGCCGAUCUCUGACCCACACUCACAUCGGUGAGACUCAUGCCGUCUCAGGAACACUGCUCUCCUACACGCUGGCGGCAGAUGUUGGACUCCUGAGCAGAAACAUCAAGAUCAUCGGCCAGGAGUACGGUGGCAUGAUGGAGGAAUCGUUUGGUGCCAGACUACUGGUCGGAACCUUCUUCGUAGACGGAAUCAGCUAUAAAGGCAAAGCUCAAAUCAGGAAUGUGGAGUUCUACCACUCGGGUCAGGAAGGCUGGAACGAGGAAUAUGACCCAAGAUAUUCUGUUUCCUUCCUCAACCUGGGACAGGGCAAUGAGUCAUACAUUCAGGGCUGUGCUUUCCACAGCGGCUUCUCUCCAGCCAUCGGCGUGUUCGGAACGGAGGGCAUCGCCAUUGACGACAACGUCAUCCACCACACGGUGGGCGAGGGAAUCAGAGUUUGGGGCAGGGCCAACAUCCUGAGGAGAAACCUGGUCACCCUGAGCUUGUGGCCCGGAUCCUACCAGGACAGGGAGGAGCCCUUCAACUACGACUGGACUGCGGCCGUCGAGGUCAGUGAGGGAGUAGACGUCGUCCUGCAGCAUAACAUUGUGGCGGGCUACGAGCGCGUCGCAUACCGCAUCGAUGGCGAGCAGUGUCCAGGUUUCUCGAAUGACAAGGAGGAGUGGGCUCACAACGAGGCUCACGGCGGCCUUUUUGGAGUCUACAUGAACAAAGACGGCCUGCCCGGGUGCUCCCUUAUCAGGAGCUUCUUCCUCUGGAAAAACUUUGACUAUGGUGUCUACUUCCAGAGCUUCAUGAACAUCAUGGUGGCCAAUGUGACCCUGGUGGACAACGGCAUGGGCAUCAUGCCUCUCAUCUUUGGCCCGCCCUCUCUCAGCCACGCCUACGAUGAUAAGUGGGUCCACGUGGAGAAUGUCUUGCUCGUGGGGAGCAGCCCCAACUUCAACUGCUCUGACACGCUGGCGACCAGCGACUUUAACAUCGCCAUCACCCAAGACCACCGAGCCCCCCGACCUGUCAAUGGAGGCAGAUCUGGGAUCUGCUGGCCGACGUUUGGAUCUGGGCACAACACGGCUCCCAAAAAACCGCAUCACACCAACAACAACUACAACGCCAUCAAGGGCCUGAUGAAAGUGGUCGAUUCCACAUUUGUCGGCUUCAGAAACGUCUGCUCGGGUGAGAGUAACGUGAUGUUCCUCACCAACCCCUUGAACGAGGACUUGCAGCACCCAGUGCAGGUUUGGGGCCUGAAGAUCAUCGACAGCACCAAGGAGGCCAAAGUGUUCAUCCACCGGGCUGACUUGGGCAAAGUCAACCCGGCCGACUGCGUGGACAUGGACUGCGAUGGCAAGAAGAAGAGCUUUCUGAAGGACUUGGACGGCUCCUUCCUGGGUUCCGUGGGGGCCGUCAUUCCGCAGUCCGAAUUCGAGUGGGGAGGGGAUCCUCGCAGGGGGCUGGGCGACUACCGCAUCCCCAAAGUCAUGCUGACGUUCCACAAUGGGAGCCGCAUCCCAGUGGAGCAGAUUGCCCCACACAAAGGUGUGAUCCGGGAAAAUUGCACUUAUGUGAGCACCUGGCAGUCCUACAAAUGUUUCGGACUCAACUACAGGAUGCUAGUCAUCGAGAGUCUGGAUGCGGACACAGAGACCAGACGUCUCUCCCCAGUGGCUGUGCUGGGUCAAGGCUAUGUGGACCUAAUCAACGGCCCGCAGGACCAGGGUUGGUGUUCCGGCUACACCUGCCAAAGGAGGGUGUCCCUCUUCCACAGCAUCGUGGCCACCAACCACGCCUUUGACAUCUUCUUCACUGGCGUCAGUCCUCAGAAGCUCCGCCUCAUGAUGCUCAACGCUGAGCCAUCUGAGAGCGUCCUGGUGUCUGUUUUCUACUCCAUGCCGCAGAGGUUGGACGUGUACGUGGACCACCAACUGAUCGCACCCAUCAACGCCAAGUGGAACGCUGACAACAGCGACUACACCCUCAGCAAACCCACCUUUGAAGGUCAAUACGUCCCGGCGCUGAACGCCAUCAUGGGCGCCAACUUCUUCGACCAGACCUCCAAGAUGUUGAAAGUCUUGGUGAGAGGAUCCACACCGGUUGAGAUCCGAACCGCACCAGUCCUCUUCAUCUCAUUUGAGCUGCCGGCCAUGACCAAUGAUGAGUUCUUUGGGGACAACCUGGUCCAGAACCUGGCCAUGUUCCUCAAGGUGCCCUCGGACAUGAUCCGGGUCACCAAAGUCGUCCGGGAGGACUCGCGGCGCAGGAAGAGAUCCACGGGUUUGACAGUGGAGGUGGAGAUCAAGAACCCGCCGGUCCAGCAGGUCAACAACAACACCGACGACGAGGAGGACUUCCAGUUGUUGCGGAACAUCGCAAAUGAUCUGGGUCGGGCAGCGGUCUCCGGCCACCUCGGCCAGUCCAUCGGCUUCAACGUGUCCUCGAUGGGCAUCGUGGCGCCCCCGCCUCCUUCCUCGGACCCUGGAUGGAAUGAAGUGGCAACCGCUGAGGUGACGAGAGAGGAGCCUGAGGUGAGCUACGUGUCCAGUGUGGAGAACCUGUUGCUGAUGAAGGAGCCUGUAGCGGGCCAGUAUGUGGGUCUACUGCACCAGCAGCCCAGUCUCAUGGCGGUGAAUGAGCAGGGCGACUGCGUCUCGGUGGGCGUGACCACCCUCUCGGUCAGGGCCGGCCUGAAGGACUCCGACGACAACGACAUGGACGGCCUGGAGGGAAACACCACCAUCUUGUUUAGCGGCUGCUGGGCCAACUUCACCGACCUGUCCAUCCUCCGCAGUGGCGAGAACCUGACGAUGGUCUUCACGCUGAAUGAGUGGCGCGCUAUGUCGCAGUCUUUCUCCAUCAGGGAUACACCGCCCUCCCCCACCAACGCCACCCUGCCGACCGUUCCGGAUGACAGCAUCUUUGGGUCCGGCAUCCCGGUGACACCCGGCAGCCUUUGCAUGGUCAGCGUCAUCUUGGCUGUGGCCUGCUGCUCUGAAGACAUCCCCAUCUGCUAGAAACAAUGAGAUCAGAUAUUCUAUAGAAAAUGUGCUUUUCUUCCUAUUAUGGGGGUGGGGGGGGUGGCUUUUUUCUCUUUUAAAUAAAUGAUUUGAAUGAUUUUUUUUUAUCCAUUCAGUUUCCAGUUCCUUGCUUUUCUUUUUAUGAAGGUUUUUGUUUGCUUUU